AUGCGACUUCCUCUUCACAUAAGUGAAAAAUGUUGUGUUUGUCGUGAAGAUCUGCAUGGUAAUGUGGUGAACUUUCUAUCGAAAUAUCGAGACUUUUUACUCUUUUCACGCAAUAUUUGGAUACCAGAGGGUGCACGAUGUUGCUCAGAUCAUUUAAUUGGUGAUCAAUUAACUAAAGAAGCUGCUAAUGCAAUUAGACCAUUCGCAAUACGAUAUCAAGAAUUAAAAUUUAAUUUUGAUGACCCACGAGGCCUUACAGAUGAUGAAUAUUGUUUAUUAUUUAGUCUUUCAAAAGAUGAUUUUAAUGAGCUUAUUCAAAUUAUUUCAACAUCUGGUAUUCGUAAUUCAUCUAAUCGAUCGAUAAAAACAGCAAUUGGUAUUUACUUAUGUAAACCUCGUCUUGGGUUAUCAAAUCAUCUCUUAGUGUGCAUGUUUCAAUUAUCAGACAAGAGAACAAAUUCCAAAACUAUUGAUAGUGCCCGUCAAGCUGUAUUAAACAAUUUUGUACCAUACAAUUUGGGAUUCGGACAUGUUACAUGUCAAGAUGUUAUUGAUCAUCAUGCAACAACCAUUUCUGGAGAGUUAAUGUGUGAUGGUGGUGGUUCUAAUACAGCAAUCGUUGUCAUUGAUGACACUUAUAUUUACAUUCAAAGGUCUCGAAAUAAUGAAUUUCAAUGA